GGAGGAGGCGGAGCUGAUCAUUCGCUGUAUGCAGAAAGUGAUUGCGCUUCGUAUGUGCACAUGUAUCUGUUUGCCUAUAAAUUUUUUUGCUCAUAAAUUUGCACAUAAUCUUUGCCAAUUGGUAUGCGUGCCCACGCGGAACAUUUCCCCUGCCGCGUCGAUACAUGAAAAACUUAACGAGUGGAGGCCAACCUGUCAUUCUGCGCCCAUCGCCCCAUCUUCGCAUUUUAGUAAAUCACCCAGCUUUGCGAACCAUGGAGGUGGAGUGGGCGGCGCGGAUUUUAUCCCAGCUUCUGAUUAAGGAGAAGUGCCUGAAGGAGAAGUACGUUUUCAAUUUGCUCAAAAAGUUUGGAGACGUGAACCACAUCGUUCAGCACGCGAAUGAGCAGCUGGAGUCGCUCGGGUUUAUCAUAAAUAACGAGCUGAUAAACGGAGAGGAGUACUUCAUAAUCGGGUGCGAGAAGCUGACCAUUCCGAGGAAGAGCAGCCAAGCGGAUACGUCCCCCGAGUCCGUUUCCCUUAACAUUAAAGAGGAACAUUUGUUCAAUUCCCUUUUUAAGACGAACGAAAUUAGCUUAUAUUACCUUAUCAUUGAUUACAUAGUGAGUAAUAAUCGGUACCUACGUGUGGACGGGGGGGAAGUAACUUAUGAAUCGUUGUGCCUUGAGCUGAACAUAAAGAAUGCCAACGUGCAGAAGGCUAUACUUAACAAACUACUGGCCCACAACUGGCUUCGAAAGGAACAAGGCGAAUUGGCACUGGGGCUCCGUUUCUUUACGGAUCUGAUAAAGUACUUCCCUCUGACCAAUUUGGACAAGUGCUCCCUCUGCAAUAACGCAGUGAUCGUCGAGAGCAGGCAAUGCACCAACUGUCUAUCCAUUUAUCACAUCCACUGCUUCAACGCUCUUGCGAAUAAGCUGGCCCUCUGUUUCAUCUGCAAGAACUCCCUCUAA